AUGGCUUUUAUGAUGCCUGUCAUUAAACCCGAUUACAAAAUCUAUUCGGGCCAAACACAAACAGCUCCUGGUGACGUGAAGAUGUCCAAAAAGAGUACAAGAAGUGCAUCUCUUACUCCUAGAAUGUCCACGUAUUCUGGAAGUGAUAUUGAGUAUAGAGUGACUACCCCUUUCAAAGCUCUCAGUUCUAGUACAUCCCGAAAAAGUUCUCAUUGUGGUUUCAUAACUCCGACUCCAAAAUCGGCGUCACGAAUGUCCAUCCACAAGUUCCACAGCAACUUGGUUGACAAGCUGAAGAGAAAGUUGCGACUACAGGAUUCUAAGAACAAUUCUGGGGAUGAAGUGUACAUCUGUGACUCUUCGAGGGAUGAAGAAACAUAUGCUCUGUAG